AUGUCUGUCCCCUAUCUCAUCAAUAGCGCCGGCGGGCACAUUUCUGCCUCGGAGAGAAUCCCAGUUAUCGCCAGACCUUUCGUGAGCGAGCGAGCGAAGAAGACACUGGACCUGGUUGAGAGAUUCGUCGAGGAAGAAUGCAUCCCUGCCGACGCCGUCUUCGCCCAACAGAUCAACCAACACGGCAGGGACCCGGUCUCCCGCUUCGACGCCCAUCCCCAGAUCAUUGAAGACCUCAAGGCCAAAGCUCGCAAACUGGGUCUAUGGAACAUGUUCCUGCCCAAGAACCACUUUAAGGAAGGUGCCGGAUUCUCCAACCUUGAAUACGGCUUGAUGGCCGAGUACCUGGGUAAAUCCAGCACCGCCAGCGAAGCUACCAACUGUGCGGCUCCCGACACGGGCAACAUGGAAGUAUUCGCCAAGUACGGGACCGAGGAGCAGAAGCAGAAAUGGCUUGGGCCGUUGUUGAACGGAGAGAUCCGGUCGGCGUUUUUGAUGACAGAGCCGCAAGUGGCGAGCAGUGAUGCGACGAACAUCGAGUUGAACAUGAGGAGGGAUGGGGAUUACUACGUGCUCAACGGCCAGAAAUGGUGGUCCAGCGGGGCCGGCGACCGCCGAUGCAAGAUCUACAUCGUCAUGGGCAAAUCCGACCCCAACAACCCGAACCCCUACAGACAACAAUCAGUCAUUCUCGUGCCCGCUGACACCCCUGGCCUUACCAUUGAGCGCAUGCUGUCGGUGAUUGGCUUCGACGAUGCUCCUCACGGACAUGGCCAUAUCACCUUCAACAAUGUCCGUGUGCACAAGAGCAACAUGAUCUUGGGCGAGGGACGAGGCUUCGAGGUCGUCCAGGGCCGUCUCGGACCCGGCAGAAUUCACCACGCCAUGAGAUCUGUCGGUGCUGCCGAGAGAGCCCUCGAGUACUUCCUGGCGCGCAUGAACGACCCGGCCAAGAAGCCGUUCGGCAAACUGCUCGCGGAGCACGGCAUCAUGCUGGAGCGGGUGGCGCGCUCACGGAUCGAAAUCGACGCCGCGCGCCUCGCGGUGCUCAACGCGGCCAUCAAAAUCGACCAGUCCAACGCCAAGGACGCCCUUAAAGAGAUCGCCGAGGUGAAAGUGCAGGUGCCCAACAUGCUCCUCGACGUGCUCGAUCGCGCCAUCCAGGCGUACGGCGGCGCCGGCGUGUCCCAGGACACACCCCUCGCAAACAUGUGGGCCAGCGGGCGCACGAUGCGCAUCGUCGACGGGCCCGACGAGGUGCACAUCCUCCAGCUGGGGCGGAACGAGAACAAGCGCGGCCCCGCGCUGUUGAAGCGCAUCGAGGCACAGAAGAAGAAGACCGAAGAGCUGUUCAGGCAGUAUGGCCUCGAGGCGAAGGAUCCCUUGGCCCUGAAGCGCGUCAGUGGAGGCCAGUCGAAGUUGUAG